GAUAAUUUAAAGUACAAAAUGGGGAAAUGAGAAAUUUAAAAUUUAUGAAAAAGAGUGGUUAUAUUUAUCAGGCAUGAGUUAUUCUCAAGAAGAAAUAGAAAAAAAACGUUUAUUAGCCUUACAACGUAAAAAACAAGCUCAAUUAAAAAAUGCCUCAAUCAAUUCUCCAAGUACAAAAAGUAACAUGCCUUCUUUUAAUAAUAAUACUGUAGCCAACAAAAAUAAGUUAGACAAUGGCACUGGGUCUUCUGGGCAUGGUUCAUCAAAAUAUGUUGACUUGAAAGCAAAAUUUGGAAAUAAUUCUAUUAAAAAUCAUGCAAAAUUUGAUAGAAAAAAAGAACGUAUUAAUCCUAUUUCAACAUCAAAUUUUUUUGCUCAGAAAUCUCGUAUUACAGGAAACUGUUAUAUGAUAACUGAUGAUAGAUUUGUAUUAGAAACCUCAUCAUAUUUCCCUCCACUUGUUACAGUUCUGAAGACAAUUCCAAGUAGAUCAUAUGACAUAAACAAUAAAAAUUGGAAUUUUCAUUUAAAAGAUUAUGAAACAGUAAUGGAAAAAAUUAUUAGUUUCAAAUUUGAUAUACAAGUUACAGGAUUACCAAAAAUAGUUCUUCAGGUAUUCAGAAAAAAUGAUACUUUAAAAAAUAUUGUUAAAAACAUAGAUCUAUCAAACAUUGAUUCUCAGUUAUUAAAAAAUUUAAUACCCUUUCAAAAAGAAGGAAUAUGCUAUGGAAUAUCUAAAGGUGGUCGUUGUAUGAUUGCUGAUGAUAUGGGUUUAGGAAAAACCAUUCAAGCUUUGGGUAUUGCACAUUAUUUCAAAGACAAUUGGCCACUUCUUAUUGUUGCACCUUCUUCUGUCAGAUAUCAAUGGGCAGAAGCAAUAUGUACCUUUUUGCCAUCUGUUCCUACACAGUAUAUUUAUCAAUUUAUGAAUGCGAAAGAUUUUAUUGGUAGUAAGAUUGUUAUCACAACAUAUGAUCUUUUAGUACGAGCUAUGAGCACAUUUAAAUAUCACAUUUUUGGUUUUAUAAUUCUGGAUGAAUCUCAUGCUCUAAAAAGCAUUAAAACUGCAAGAUUUAAAGCUGUACAAUGUGUAGUUGCACAAGCACGUCAUGUUGUUUUAUUGACAGGAACACCUGUUUUAUCCAGACCAAUAGAAUUAUAUUCUCAAAUAAAUCUUAUAAUGCCAAAUUUUAUGGGAUAUCAAGAAUAUGGAAUUCGAUAUUGUGCAGGAGAAAAAGGUUCAUAUGGAUGGGAUUUUACAGGAUCAUCAAAUAUGCAAGAAUUACAAAUGUUAUUAAAACAUACUUGUGUAAUUCGGAGAUUAAAAAGUGAAGUUUUAAAUCAAUUACCAACAAAAAAGAGAGAAGUAAUUAUACUUGAUCCAGAUGUAAUAAAAGUUAGUACUAAAGAAAUGGUACAAAUGUCUCAAAAGUUAGAAAGAAAAGUUCUGAAUGGUAUGGAAAGACAUUGUGCUCUUUUACAAUAUUAUAAUGAAUCAAGUAUUGCUAAACAGAGGGCUGUAUGUGAUUACAUUUCUAAGUUAUUCAUAAGUAAACAAAAGUGCAUUAUAUUUGCUCAUCAUCAAAAUGUUCUGGAUGCGAUUUGUGAUGUUGCAGAAUCUAUGAAUAUAAACUAUAUUAGAAUCGAUGGAAGAACAAAUUCGGAACGCAGAAAAUAUGAAGUUGAUAAGUUUCAGAAUAAUAACACAUGUAUGGCUGCAGUACUAUCAAUUACAGCAGCAAACGCAGGAAUUACGUUAACAGCUGCACAACAUGUUGUUUUUGCAGAGCUGUUUUGGAAUCCUGGUAUAUUGUGUCAAGCUGAAGAUAGAGUACACAGGAUUGGUCAAGACAAUAAUGUUACUAUUCAAUAUUUGGUUGCAAAACAAACGGCAGAUGAUUAUUUGUGGCCAUUAAUUCAAAAAAAAAUGAACGUAUUAAACGAAGUUGGACUUGAUCAAGAUUUUUGUUUGAAGGAUAUUGAUAUUUCAAAACAAGAAUUAAAUUUAAAACAAAAUACCUUAGACUUUUUUAUUAAUAGUAAACAAUAUCAACUAAAGACUGAUGAAAAAAUAAUAGAAAAUAAUGAAAAUGCAAUGAAGGAUGCAGGAAAUGAAUCUUUCAUAGUAGAAGAGUAUAAAGAGUUAAUAGAUUUAAGUGAAGAAGACUUUAAUUUCUGUAAUUGGGAUGACAUAGAAUGA